UCUCGCGGGAAGAGCGGUGGGCACGGCUGUGGCUGAGUCUCCUGGCUGCUCGCAGAGCGGGAGGGCUCUCCUCACACAAGCGCUUCCUCGCGGAGAGACUGGAGCUGCGGCAGCCGCAGGCCUGGCCCGCCCCUUAUCUGCCGCCCCCUUCUCUUCCUCAGGGCUCCCCAGUCAGCUCGCCCUCCGACGCUGCCCAGGAAUUUGACAAGAAACUGAAGUUUUGAUCAAAUAUAUUUUGAGUUUGAAACCAGACAUGCACUAGAGUUUAGAUUCUUUCAUUUGACUAAGGUAUGGUGUGAAUAUGCGUUGCUUGGCAGCUCGGGUCAACUAUAAGACUUUGAUUAUCAUCUGCGCACUCUUCACUUUGGUCACAGUGCUUCUGUGGAAUAAGUGUUCCAGCGACAAAGCAAUCCAGUUUCCACGGCACUUGAGUAGUGGUUUCAGAGUGGAUGGAUUAGAAAAAAGAGCAGCAGCGUCUGAGAGUAACAACUAUGUGAAUCACCUGGCCAAACAGUCUGAGGAGGCGUUCCUUCAGGAGCAGCAGAAAGCACCCCCUGUCGCCGGUGGCUUCAACAGCAAUGGGGGAAGCAAGGUGUUAGGGCUCAAAUAUGAAGAAAUUGACUGUCUCAUAAAUGACGAGCACACAAUUAAAGGGAGACGAGAGGGGAAUGAAAUCUUUCUUCCAUUCACUUGGGUGGAGAAAUAUUUUGACGUUUAUGGAAAGAUGGUUCAGUAUGAUGGCUAUGAUCGGUUUGAAUUCUCUCAUAGCUAUUCCAAAGUCUAUGCACAGAGAGCCCCGUAUCACCCUGAUGGUGUGUUUAUGUCCUUUGAAGGCUACAAUGUGGAAGUCCGAGACAGAGUCAAGUGUAUAAGUGGGGUUGAAGGUGUACCUUUAUCUACACAAUGGGGACCUCAAGGUUAUUUCUACCCAAUCCAAAUUGCACAGUAUGGGUUAAGUCAUUACAGCAAGAACCUAACUGAGAAACCCCCUCACAUAGAAGUGUAUGAAACAGCAGAAGACAGGGACAAAACCGGCAAGCCCAGUGACUGGACGGUGCCAAAGGGCUGCUCUAUGGCUAGUGUGGCUGAUAAAUCUAGAUUCACCAAUGUUAAACAGUUCAUUGCUCCAGAAACCAGUGAAGGUGUAUCUUUGCAACUGGGAAACACGAAAGAUUUUAUUAUUUCAUUUGACCUCAAGUUCUUGACAAAUGGAAGCGUGUCCGUGGUUCUAGAGACCACAGAAAAGAAUCAGUUCUUCACUGUACAUUAUGUCUCAAACACCCAGCUAAUUGCUUUUAAAGAAAGAGACAUAUACUAUGGCAUCGGGCCCAGAACUUCAUGGAGCACGGUUACCAGGGACCUGGUCACUGACCUCAGGAAAGGAGUGGGUCUUUCCAACACAAAAGCUGUCAAGCCAACCAAAAUAAUGCCCAAGAAGGUGGUUAAGCUGAUUGCAAAAGGGAAAGGAUUCCUCGACAACAUCACCAUCUCCGCCACAGCCCACAUGGCCGCAUUCUUUGCUGCCAGUGAUUGGCUGGUAAGGAACCAAGACGAGAAAGGUGGCUGGCCAAUUAUGGUGACCCGUAAGUUAGGGGAAGGGUUCAAGUCUUUAGAGCCGGGGUGGUACUCUGCCAUGGCUCAAGGGCAAGCCAUCUCUACCUUAGUCAGGGCCUAUCUGUUAACAAAAGACCAUAUAUUCCUCAAUUCAGCUUUAAGGGCAACGGCCCCUUACAAGUUUCUAUCAGAGCAGCAUGGAGUUAAAGCUGUGUUUAUGAAUAAACAUGACUGGUAUGAAGAAUAUCCAACCACGCCUAGCUCUUUUGUUUUAAAUGGCUUUAUGUAUUCUUUAAUUGGGCUGUAUGACUUAAAAGAAACUGCAGGGGAAAAACUGGGGAAAGAAGCACGGUUCCUGUAUGAACGGGGCAUGGAAUCCCUGAAAGCCAUGCUCCCCUUGUAUGACACUGGCUCAGGAACCAUCUAUGACCUCCGGCACUUCAUGCUGGGCAUCGCCCCCAACCUGGCCCGCUGGGACUACCACACCACCCACAUCAAUCAGCUGCAGCUCCUCAGCACCAUUGAUGAGUCCCCGAUCUUCAAAGAGUUUGUCAAGAGGUGGAAAAGCUACCUUAAAGGCAGCAGGGCAAAGCACAACUAGAGCUCACAACCAAAAUCACAUUUCAGCCUCUGCUGUACACGAAAACUACGGGCCCUGUCUCAGCAGAGCAUAGGCACAUGUUGAAAGGUCGUACACUAGCUUUUUGUGGAUGUCAUCAAAGUGAUAAAUGAUCCUUAAAACCAGCCUUCUGAGACAACUGCAUUCCACGGGUUGGGUGUUUAGAAAUGUAGAUGGCAUUUGAGCAGGAAAGUGUUUAGUCAGUGGGCGGAACAACGAUGUUUAACUCUGCCAUGCUUAUCGCCCUGUAUAGUUCCACAGGUAGCCCAGUCCCUCUCGGUUUGGGAAAGCAAAUGGUAAGUAGCUGUUACUGGCCAGCUGUCUAGCACUUACCUGAAAGCUUAGUAUGGGGUGCUUUUAAAAUGUGAUUAUUUAUGUUUAUGUUGAAAGCAGACUUUAAAAAAACAAUGUGCUGUAAUACAGUAAAUAUUUACUUGUAGCCUGAAUAGUGAACUGUGUGCAACUUUUUUAAAUGAUGUUUUUUUUUUCCUAUAGAUUAAUUUCUUGGGGGCAAAUGAGCAUUUGUUGCAUUUGUUCAAUUUGUUAUAUAUGGACACUAUUUUGAAUUUAUAGUUUUCUUGGUGUGUAAAUUAAAGACACAGUCGAUGUUCAGGCUUCACAGUUAUGUAAUGUAAGCACAACUAAAAUGAAAUAUGUUGACUGCACAAGAAAUUACAAAAAUGUUAUCUGUUAUGAAACUUGAUCUACAAUCAGUAAAGGUUUGAUAAUCAGUCUAUCCCUCCCCAUCCCCAUUGUGAUAGUUUCUUUUGUCACUAUCUAGAAUUUUGUAAUUCAUUUCAGACCACACUCAAGAGUGUUGUCUGUUUGGGGGGAACAUUUUUGGGACAUUAUUUGGAAAACUUGAUUAUAAACCUAAAUUUGGGAAGGAGCUAGUAAUUUUGGUAAGUCUACCACCACUACCCUUUCAGGAUUUCCACCCCACCCUUAAAGAAAAACAUUAGGUCAAAUAUUACAUCAAGAAUCAUAGCAGAUUUUUUUUCCUACUUAGAUCAUUCUUGGUCUUCAACUUUCGAAACCAUUGACUGCGCAUUAUUGUUUUUCCUUUGCAAUUUUAAUUUUAAAUUAUUUCAGCUCUUGGAUAGAAGUGAUGCUCCUGCAUUUGCUGUGUAUGAGUAAUCAGACAUUUAUUUGGCUUUUAUACCUCACUAUACCCCACAAUACCUAUAGGUUUCCUCGCCCACAUACCCUGGGCAGUGUCUGCUGUAGGGCUUCAAGCAUUAGGUCGGAACCGAGAGGCUGGUUUUGCUCUUCUCUUGUAGUGUAUGACUGUACACUAAAUCAACACUAUAACUUACACAGAUUGGAAAUAGGAGACCCCACAGUGCAGUUUGUCUAUGGCCUAUAUUAAAUGCACAUCCAAACUCUCUCUUGCCCACAACAAAACAGCCGUGGAUUAUUAGGUUCCCGCUAAGCUUUUGACCUUCAUAGUUCUUAUCCAUUAAGAUGUCCCAACGAGAAUAUCUGGAUGCCUUCAUUUUUAUUUUCAGUGCUCAAAAAAUAAACUUUCUCCAAUCUGGGAACCCUUUUUACAUCAUCGUAUUUGUUAUUAUUUUAGAGCAGUCCAGACGUCUGCCUUGUGUUCGCGUACUGGUACUUCAGAUUGCGGGAAUCAAUAAAAACAGCAUGGGACUGCUUCUGUGAACAAUAUCAGUGCCUUAACAACAUGUCUGUCCUUUUCUGCUGAAAAAGGAAAGACAUCUUGAUCUAGAAAUGGCAUUGCUAUUUCAUUGCUGUUGGUUUCACACUGCCUUCCACAUUGCAACAGCAAUUUGAUUUUUCUUGUGAUCCCAGAAUUUUCUAAGAGAGUGAGUUGAACCUGUAGCAGCACCAUCAGUACAGACUCGUGAUUCUCACAUUUUUAAGAUGACUCAGAACCACCUAGGAGCUUAUUAAAAUACAGAUUCCAGAUAUUCAGUAAAUCUUCCAGUGAACCAUGGUGAUCUGCAUUUUUAACAAGCAUCCAGGUGAUUCUGAUGCAGGUGAGCCUGGGGUGUGCAUGGAGGAACACUGCCCAAGACCAUCCAUUGCAUUUUUGUUCCUAAACACCUAUGGCGUUUUCUAGGGUUUUAAAUCAUGUAAAAUGUUUACUUAUUCUGAGCUUAGAGAGCAUGGGGAAGGUAUUUCAAAGUUUUGUUUCUUUAAAUUGUUCUUUGUUUCAAGAGUAUGGGUGUUAGUUUUUUACACUUAUCUUGAGUUACCUUUGAUGUUAAAUUAAGUCUAUUGCCACUUCAGUUUUAAAACCAGCCAAAAGUUUCCAGAUAAAGGUCGAGUUUGACCCUUUAGCAGUUACUGUACAUAAAGGCUUCAUCCAAAAACCAUCCAGUGUCUGUGAGCAAAUACAAAAGUGACACACAAGCACAACUCUAGAUGUGGCAAUCCUUUUUCUUUGUCAGUGUGCAAACUUUCACUGAAAGCUGCUAUUUUCAUCCUUCUUGUAAUUGCUUUUCUUGUUUUUCCUCCAUUGUACAUGUGGGUUAUAUACCAUGUGUUAAAUAUGCAAUAAAGUGUUUACUGGAUGCCCUUGUGAAGGGUAGUCCUUUGUAAAGCUGUACAGACUUUGCAGUUUAAGCACAAUGUGCACAUGUUAGUUUUAUAUACAGCAAAACUUGAUUUUUUGCAGAUGGAAAGGUAUUUUGUUUCUAUACAAAGUAAAUGGAUUGUUUGUGCUUAAUGUAAAGCUGCUUUAUAAAAUUGUAAAAUAAAGUUUUUAUCUUAAAAGGAA